GAGAGAAAUAUCAUCAACUUUUUAGAAGCGUUACAUCGAGCUUUUAGCGUAUUUUCGUUCAACAAUCACGAUGAGUUGCUUCUACAACAAAGGGCUCGGUCGAAGCUCACUUUUCCAGGUCUCUGGACCAAUACUUGUUGUAGCCACCCGCUCCACUGUCCAGCCGAGCUGGAAAACACUCCUUUCGCGAUCGGUGUUCGCCGAGCUGCCAUCAGAAAAAUGUCACAGGAAUUGGGCGCGAAUGACAUAAACAUAGACUCGCUUUGCUUCAUGAAGCGCAUUCUGUACCGAGCCAAGUGGGACGAAACUCAUGGUGAACAUGAACUGGACUACAUCCUGAUUCUGCGGCAGGAACUAGCGUUGCAGCCGAAUUCCGACGAGAUCGAACGGAUUCGCUACGUUUCCAAGGAGCAGUUGCGUUCGAUGUUAGGAAACCAACAGGAGUACCGUUUCUCACCAUGGUUUACUCUCAUCGCGGAACACUUCCUCUUUCGAUGGUGGGAGCACUUGGAACACAUUGAUCGUUUCCUUGAUUACAGCAUCGAUGACUUUGACUGA